AUAACAACCACCUGCACCAACCUUGAUACCUAGGUAGGCAGGUACCUUAAUGAAUCGUAUCGCUUUAAGCCAUAUUACAGCGGGUCGCGGUCAACUGCCUCUACGUUACUAACGCGACAUAACAAUUCUUCUGCUCAAAACAAAAGUGAAGAUGUCAUUGCCUGGAACAUAGUUCGGCCUGGCAGUCCUCAAUCAUCCUCGAUCACUUCCCUUACUUGAUUAAUGUGACAGACACGAGAACAGCUUACAGGAUACUGUACAAGCACAUAGACCUGGACCAGCUGCAUCAUGUAUGGAGAUUUGGGCAACAAGCUGGUCCAACAUGCCAAAAGAACCCAAAAUUUGACCCAUCUGCCUCCUUACCAGACCGAAAUUGUUCGAGCGGUGACGCGAGAAGUGAGAGACCUGGACAAAGAUGUUGCAGAACUUCUUGAGCCGUUUCAAGGCUCAUUUGAUCCAAGCGCCGACCAAGAUAUUGCUUGCACUCUGCUAGUAAACCACCUUUCGAUGCGAAGGAACAAGCGUUGCUUGCUCGCUUACCACCGGACACGGACAGAUAAGCUUGAAGAAUUGGUAUGGAAUGGAUCAGACGUGGUAGAUCUGUCUGGGCAACAAGUACGGGAUCCUGCGAGUGCUUCCGGCGCGGGUGGCAGUGAUGCAUCAAAGAGUAGUCUCAGCCCUCAAGAGGAGGAAUAUGUUAGACAGUACAGCGACCUGUUGGCAGCCUACAAGGGGCAAUGGACAGACAUCGACCUUACGGGGAGCCUAGAGCCGCCACGAGACCUGUUCAUCGACGUGCGAGUACUCAAGGAUGCAGGUGAAAUCCAAACAGAGUACGGGUGAGUUGCGCAAUACCAACAUCACUUGCGUCUCAUGCGAUGAACUGACCAUGGAAUCAGGGCUAUAACAUUGACCAAGAACAGUCAGUUUUAUGUACGCCAAGGGGACGUUGAGAGACUCAUUGCACAGGGCUAUUUGCAUAAGCUUGGAUAAGAGAAAGCGGGGUCAGAACAAGUGAUAGGGAGCUUGAUGGUCGCAUAUUAUUUCUAGUAUUAUACCCUGCGUCAUAAAUAUUUAUAAGAUCACAUGUCAAUUUAUCGCAUUCGUUCA